UUAGACCAGCACCGAGUCACUACAACUAAGUGAUUAACAUGUAUUAGCUCUCUUUCUUAUGCUUGUUUUUUACUUGUGCGUUGUAGUUUCUGUUACCAUGGCAGGAAAGAGCAAAGUCCUAGUGAUUGGAGGCACAGGGCACCUUGGAAAAUACAUAGUGGAGGCAAGUUCAAAAGCAGGACACCCCACGUUUGCUUUGGUUAGGGAGAGCACUGUUUCUCACCCUCAAAAGUCUAAUCUCAUUGAGAGCUUCAAGAGCUAUGGAGUCACUCUUGUUUAUGGUGAUCUAAGUGAUCAUGCAAGCCUUGUUAAGGCAAUCAAGCAAGUUGAUGUUGUCAUCUGCACUGUAGGUCCAUCACAAGUAGAUGAUCAACUGAACAUCAUAAAGGCAAUAAAAGAAGCUGGCAACAUUAAGAAGUUUCUCCCAUCAGAAUUUGGGGUGGAUGCGGACCGGAAUGAAGCGGUUGGGCCGGCGGCGAGCUUCUUUGAGAAAAAAGCGAAAAUUCGAAGGACGAUCGAAGCCGAAGGAAUUCCUUAUACUUAUGUCAUUUCUAAUGGCUUUGCUAGAUACUACUUAGCAACAAUGUCACAGGAAAAUGCCACGGCUCCUCCAAAGGAUAGUAUAGUCAUUCUAGGAGAUGGAAAUGUCAAAGCAAUUUAUGUGGAGGAGAAAGACAUUGCAGCUUACACAAUCAAAACAAUAGAUGACCCAAGAACCUUGAACAAAUCUCUCUACCUAAGGCCCCCUGCCAAUGUUUUGAGUUUCAACGAGCUUGUAUCCUUGUGGGAGAACAAGAUUAACAAGACCCUUCACAAAAUUUACGUUCCAGAAGAUCAAAUCCUUAAGAGCAUCCAAGUGAUGUUGGCGGUAUGCCACUCACUAAUAGUAAAAGGAGAUUGUGUAAACUUUGACAUAGCGCCUUCGUUCGGGGUUGAGGCUUCUGAACUUUAUCCAGAAGUGAAGUACACAACGGUCGACGAAUAUAUGAAUCAAUUUCUCUGAAAAUCUAAAUCUCUAAUUAAUAACAAUAACAAUAAGCAUAUCAGAUGGACUAGUUCCUGCUCCUGCAUGCAAUUAUAAAUCUUAAGACUGAGUUAAUCAGAUGCACAGUUACUAGUUAACACUUUAUUUUGUUGGAUGAUUGACUACCAAUAAUAUAAUGUAUUUCUUUUGAAUUA